AAUCACUGCUAGUAGGACAACUGGAGUGUGGGUUGCUUGACAGUGAAGGAGGGCCUCCCUAUGGGCGGCUGUGAGACCAUCCCGGCAUCAUUCAAGUGGCCAAUUACGCUCUCCGACAGGCUAUGGAGAAAUGCAUAAGGUUCCAUCUUCUCUUACUCAUACAGAUCAGCUAAACAAUUUGGUUUCCACAUAUGUAAUAUUUUUUUGUUCUGACACUUGUGUUCUUUGUGGAAAUGAAGGACAUGUGGACCUGGCCGUUUGUGUUGGUGCUAGGAGUGGUGAGACUGGGGCGUGGGGAGGGGGUGGAGACGGAACCAGCCCCCCUAGCCUCACCCCCUACCCCUAGGGCUGGAUUAUAUUCAGUGCUUCUCAAGCUGCAACGCCAAGUCUCAGACAUGGAACAGGUGCAUGAGAAAGACAGAACUCGUCUCCGUCGUAUGGAACGACGAACAAGACAGUACCGGGAUACAAUGAUCAAAGCUGAGGCUGAAGUGGUUCAGCUGCGCCAACACAUUGUGGAGCUUCAGGAGCGCUUUGGAGCCAUUGAGGAGCAGUCGACAAACAUCAAGCUGGACAUUACACGACUAGACUUUCAACAGCGUGAAACCAAAAAUGAGAUGACCUUGGUUAAAGAUGCAAGGCCAUUGAAGGACGACCACAUGUUUGAAAUGCAGCAUAAUAUGUCCAAACUGAUCAGUGUGAAAGAUGAUUUGUUUCAGAGUUACGGUUCUUUGAUGGACGAUGUGCAAGAUUUGCGAAAAAAGGAAAACACAAAUAGUGACGCAAUUUCAAAACUUCAAAAUGAAUAUGGUAAAGUUGUAAAAAUAUUAAAAAUUCACGUAAAAGAUCAGAGGAAGCAUGGAGAAUAUAUGAACAAAUCGGGACGAAAUCAAACAAAAGAUUCCCUUGUCUGGGGCAACGAGGAUCUGGAUUCUGGUGAUGGUUCUGGAGAUAUGAGCUUUGAAAGUCAGAUGUCAAAACCCAAUACAGAUCCUCCAGAUGCAGAAGAUGGCAGCGGCGAAGGAGAUGGUGUUGAUGUUGAUACUCUCCUCCCGACGUUCAAUUCAUCCAGUGUCCAUGGAGUGAAUGUGGUAGAUCUUGAAGACAGACUUGAAGUGUUAGAGCAGCAGGUCAAGGGCAAGCUGGACAAUGCUGACCGAGAAGAGCUGGAGACCAGGAUCAAGGAUCUUCUGAAGAGACAUGACUCUUACUUUGAACAAGAGAUUAUAAAGCGGGACACAAAUAUCGAAAAUGUGGAGCAGCAGAUGGUCCGUAUGGGUGAGAAGAUCCAUGGGGUUGAGAGUCGGGUUCUGUCCAUUCAGUUGGGAGACUUCAUGCAGAAGCUACAGGAGUCUCUCAUCAACUUCACCCAGAAUGUCAUCACUCUUGACCAGUGGAAGAUGGCCAGUGAUCAGAUCAUUAACUCCACGCAGUUCAACCAGCAGCAGAUUUCACAGAUGACCAACAUGAUCCUCAACAACUCUAGGGCAGUUGGUCAGAUGGACUGGAAGAUGACAGAUCAGCGCCUCCUUAGUGACCAGCAGUACCGUGUCCUCAGGAUGCAUAUCAUCCGACUCAACAAUAGUGUUCAGGACCUUCGGGAACAUGUAGAGUACCUCGGCAGCAUCAAGUCCGGAAGUCCCACUACGGCCCAACAACAACCUGGCUAUGCACAACCAUCCGGGGAUGUCAUGUCCCGAGUGGAAGACCUCGCCCUACAGAUCAUCUACAAUGAGAACAGGAUCGCCAACCUAGAGAGCAAGGUCCUCAAUCAGACUUUGUUCCAGUGUCAGAAGUCCAACAAGGACCUGUACCAAGAUGGCCGCCUGCUGACCCUGGAGAAGGAGAUGUCGGCCAUGUCCAGUCAGGGAGUGCUGUUGAGCGAGAUGAUCAAAAGAGUUGACCGGGCUCUGUACAGGGUCCACAGUAACUGCAAGAACAACACAGUGUUCCUGCACAAGCUGUGGUCGAAGGCUUCAACAUGGCAGCUGUACAUCCCCAUCAUCAGCCUCGUGCAGCAGGAGGUCAACAACCUCCUUACCACAGUACCCAAAGAUUGUGAUGGCUACUACAGGCGUGGGUUCCAAGACUCUGGGAAAUACAUCAUCUACCCCAAGGGGGCGCUGCAGUCAGUGUUCGUCUACUGCAACAUGGAGGCUGAUGGAGGUUGGACACUGAUUCAGAAACGUGUGCAUGGCAAGGUCAACUUCAGCCGAUCUUGGGCAGAAUAUGCCAUCGGAUUUGGUUCCGCUGAAGAUGAAUUCUGGGUUGGCAAUGAAUUCAUUCAUCUGAUGACAAAGCAUAAUAACUACUCACUCAGGAUUGAAAUGACGGAUGUCUUCAAUGGAUUCUGGUUUGUGGAAUAUGACGAGUUUGCAAUUUCCACAAAAGAGGAAAAUUAUAAGUUACGGGUACAAGGUUUCCAUGGCAACGCUACAGAUGGAAUGGACUAUUCUAAUGACAUGGCCUUCAGUACUCAGGAUAAGGACAAUGACCUGAGCAGCACACACUGCGCCCUGUACUUCACUUCCGGUUGGUGGUAUCGCCAUUGUCAGUACAGCAACCUCAAUGGCCGUUACGACACCGGCAUCGUGUGGUUUAACAGCGACUGGCAAGACUGGAUUCAGAUGAAGACUACAGUAAUGAAAAUGAAGCCUAGAUCAUGAUUAGGAAAGUAGCAUAAACAUUAUAGAUAUUAUCAGGGAUUUUUUAAAUGAAUGUUUACAGUUUGUUGUCGAGUUUGUAUGUCUCAAUUUUACGUUGUAUCAUUGUUGACCUCAUUCAUAUCUUGUGCGUGUCACAUUUCUACAUAUUUACUGAUGUAUUGUGGUAUUUCCUGCUGGAUUCUUUGUGUGAAGUGAACAGGAACAUGCAUGAAUUGUCCAUGUUUGCAGCACUGAGUUUAUACAUAUCACUUUUCAAAACUGUGCCAUACUGGUGCAUAAAAUUAAAGCACAAGACUGUAAAUUAUGUGACAGUCAAAAUGGUUUAUAGCAUGGUGUCACAACACGAGUGGACCAACUCUGUGUACGAUAUGCUGUAACUUCAACAGCUCUGUUGGACAUUACAGCAGACAUCACUCUAGUGGACCAACAUUAUAUACGAUAUGCUGUAACUUUGACAGCUCUGCUGGACAUUACAGCAGACAUCACUCUAGUGGACCAACAUUAUGUACGAUAUGCUGUAACUUUGACAGCUCUGCUGGACAUUACAGCAGACGUCACUCUAGUGGACCAACCCCGUGUACGAUAUGCAGUAACUUCAACAGCUCUGUUGGACAUUACAGCAGACGUCACAACACCAGUGGACCAACUCUGUAUACAUCUACAACAAUGACCUCAACACAUCAUCCUCACAUCAAUCAUCCAUGUCUCUGUCUGUCACUGCCAACUUUACGACUCCACCUUGCACCAUCACACUUCCUCUUCUGAUCACAACAUACAUCAUAUGCCUCGAAGCAAUGAAAUACAGUAACUCCUUAUAGAAAAUAAGCUUAUUCAUUACAAAUCAGUACGAACUAAACUACAGUUCUCACCAUAAGUCCACCAGCAGAGUUUGGUAUGUUUGUGUAGCAAAACAUAUCUCAUUGAUUUUCAAGACUAACGACCCUUGUAAUUUUCAAAACAUGUAAAAAGGCUUUAACCAAAUAG